GUCGUCUUUUCGCGUAACACCACGUCAGUCAAAUCCGCCGUGGGCUCCUCUCGCGAUAUGUUGCGAAGAUACGUCUUUCCCGACGUCCUCCCCGAGGACGCGUGCGCUCCGUCGCGCGAUUUUCCGGAAUUGUCCGGACGACGCACAAUUCGCCUCGUGCGAAAAAUAGUGCGGCGCGAUGCGAUCGCAAGCCGAGUGCUCCCAGUGACGUACGCUCGAGCGUGAUUGCGAGGUGCAAAUUUGAGAAAUUUUGAUCGCGGGACGAAUCAUCUCGAAAUGAUUGUUCUUUGUACAGUGUAUGAGUCUUUUUUUUUAUAUAUUAAAAUGCGGACCACAUAUUCUCGUCUUAAAUAAUUUCAGUGCCAAUGUGUCAAGAAACACAAAUUGUUUAUCUUUUUUAGAAACACAAUGAACUCCUAUCCCGAAAGGACUCCAUGUGAGGCAUAAUUUUAUAACUGGAGUGAUAGAAGCCAAGUUAAUGAGUGAUGAAAAGGAUGUAGAAGAAGAAAAUGAAGCUGCAAAUCGAUCCAAGUCGCUGGCAUUACAUCCUGAUAAGUCAGUAUUGGAAACUGAAGAAACAAAUAAUGUGAAAAUAAAGAAGGAAUCAGAGUCUUUGAAGUUUCCAAUUGAUGAGCUGAAGGCAAGAUUGAAAAAACUUAAGCAAGAGGAAGCAGAGUUGUCGAAUACAAAUGAUGGAGAAAUCCGACCAAAAACUGGGAAACAUUUUAAACGUUUUUAUGAAACUGUCAAAGAGGAGCUUAACGCUCUAAAGAUCAAUGUUACAAGCGAUUCUGAAUUAUUGAAGAAGUUCUUUCAGAAAUUUCUUUUUUACAAAAAUAGUAUCACUACAGGAACAUUAACCAAUAUCGAGACCGAAGAAGUUUUGGAUAUUCUGAACAACUUGGAAUAUCUUCUUCACCAAAUUGACAACGCUAAAGCAUUCUCAGACAUGGAUGGACUGACAAAGAUUAUAUCACCAUGCCUUAAUGGAAGUAAUAAUGAAAUAAAGGCGGAAGCGUUACGUCUUCUGGGAGCAGCUGUCCAAUCAAAUCCAAAAGUGCAAGCUAAAGCGCUCGAAAAUGACUUCAUCCAAAAAGUAUUGCACGUUUUAUCCACCAGCGGUAAAGUCGAGGUGAAAUCCAGAUGCCUUUUUGCUCUAAGUGCCUUAAUACGUCAGUUCCCCGCUGCUCAGAAGGCUUGGAUCGAUCAUGGCGGUCUGCAACUGCUUGGCAAGAUUUUGUACGAUGAGCAAUUGCAGAUACAAAUGAAAGCGAUGAAAUUGAUCAACGACCUAACGAUCGAGAGGCAAAAUCUACAAGAGAUUUACGAUGUAGAACAGCGUCAGCAGAAGACGAGAGAGUAUGCCGUUACUGAUUUCGAGCAGAAAUUAUUGAGGCACGAUUAUUGUAAACUUUUGAGUAAUUUGAUGAUCAAGUGCUUCAAAGAAAAGUUAGCUGGCCAAUUCAGCAUAGAAAAUAAUGACUUUCUCGAAGUAGUUUCCGAUAGUAUGAUUACGGUGUCUCCUAUUUGUAGAAAUGAAUUUAAGAACAUCAAACUGCUGCUUGUACCUGUUAUAGAUAAUCUCCUACAUUUCUAUCAAAACCUGGAUAUUAAACUCACUAUCGACGAAACUGAUGUUCUAAAGAGUCUAAUAUUGCUGAUCGAGAGAUUGAAAAUUACUAUUUUUGAAGCACCUCAUGAUGAACUGUGAAUAGUUUGAGGUGAUAUCUAAAGCAAUCGAAAAAAAAAUACGAAAGUUUUAGAUAGUGCAGAUUGGAUUCUAGCCUUGUGUCAGCAAAUGUAAAAUUGUAAUCAUGUACUACGCGCAAUAACAUAAGGCUUUCCUGAGUCACGUUUAUUUAAAUAAAUAAGAAAUUUUGCAAGGAAAAAGGAAAACAUCCAACUAUUGUAAGAAAAGUUUUGGAAGUAUGAAAGAAAAGAUGCCACAUGCAGCAAAUGAAUAUUUGCAAUGAAUCUUAAGAUUCCUGGAUACUUGCCGCAAAAUUCUUGAUCGAUGACAUCAGAAGUGAGGAAAUGCAUGUCCAAAAAUUGAAUUUUGGACCAUUUCUAAAUAGAAAGACAUUUGUAUGGAAGAACACAUUAGACUGUUUGAUCAUACUAGUAAAAUGCUCUGAGAGCUAUAUAUUUUCUCUUGACAGUUAAUAAGUAGCUGUAAAAUUAGUCGUGACAAGCAACUUUUCUCCUCUUUUUAUUUGGAAAUGUGAUGUAAAAAUUUUUAGCAUUAUUUCUCACUUCUCACGUCACAAUCCAAUAUGACUACGUCAAAUAUCCAGGAGCUUUAAGAAUUAUUAUUUAAUAAUUAAUAUCGUGAAAGAUAUUUUAUUAUUCUAAAUGUAGUAUUACACAACUCUCACUGUAAAUAACUUAUUACACUUGCAUUAGUGAUUAGUUAGAGUGGGCCAGUUUUUGUCUCUUGCAGCCGAAAUAUGGUGUACUCGAAUCCAAGUAUCAAUGCAAGUACGAAAUUGGAUAUUCUAUUAAAUUAUAUAACGUUAAGUUUAUUAAAUAUUUUUUUAAAUGUAUAAAAAUUAUAACAAUUAAUAUGACUUGGUGAUUAUUCGGGGAUUAUAAGAAUUUUUUUUUUCAUUGGCGUAUCUUGUAACGUUCGAGUAAAGCCUCGUGGAUCGUAGAACUCCCACAAACGUAACUCGUAUAUAUGUAUAAUUACAUAUAAAAUUCAUAUUUCUGCAUGUAAGAAAUAUUAGAAAUUAUAAUAAAUGACUGAAAAAUA